AAAGACGGAGACCCGGGGGCUACGUCAAAGAACUGAAGUGGUAGACAUGAGUGACUGCCGGGAACUGUAACUACCCGCCACGUCUGGGGGUGGGGGGGGGCGACUCUCCGUGCGGGGAAAUGGUCAGGGGUGCGCGGAAGUUUGUGUUUGGUGAUGUUGUGGUAGCUAGCUGGCUGGCCCUGUUAGCUUGUUAGCGAGGGAGGUGCGCGCUGCGCGCACUGCUGGACAUCAAUAUUUACAACUAACCCAACUCAACAGGCAAGUUAGACAACAGACUAACUGGUUAUUUAGAAAAGUAAGAUUUUUAAAAAGUUCGGUGGAAAUCGCGCUCGGCUGGUAGCUUGCCUGCCAAACUUGGAACGUUAGUGCGGGCCACGAGCUUUAAAUCACGCACGCUGACACACGGAGAGAAAGAAAACCGCACAUCCAGUCACGAUCCCGCAGGUACAGCCGCAGCAACGGCGCGGAUCGGACAUCCACGCGACCUCGCCUUUUCCGUCUUUUACGAAUGACAAGAUCGGGCUCCCGAGUCCGGACCCCUCGACCCGUCCUCCCCAUCGGACCCAGUUCACAGUCUUCGUCCGCGAUGGGCCCCCUGCUCGGCUGGUGAGACGCGUGGAAAUCGACCCGAAGUCUUAAUUAUGGGAGGGUGCGUGGGGAGAUACUGGGAAGGCUGGGAGGACACACAGAGCCGCGGCUCGUCCAGGAACGGUGGACGAGGAGGACGCAAUGAGCCCCUAAAGAAAGACCGUCCCAAGUGGAAGAGCGACUACCCAAUGACGGAGGGCCAGCUGCGGAGCAAGCGGGACGAGUUCUGGGACACGGCGCCAGCCUUCGAGGGGCGCAAAGAGAUCUGGGACGCCCUGAAAGCCGCCGCCGUGGCACUGGAGUGCAACGACCACGAGCUGGCCCAGGCUAUAGUGGACGGAGCCAGUAUCACACUGCCGCACGGAACUCUCGCAGAGUGUUACGAUGAACUCGGGAACCGCUACCAGCUGCCCGUCUACUGCCUGGCUCCACCUGUGAACCUCAUCUCAGAACGCAGCGAUGAGGACCCCAGCGACAGCCCAGAGCCCCUUGUAGCACCCAAAAAGGAAUUCCAGCUCAAGGUCCGACUGUCCACAGGUAAGGACCUGCGCCUCAGCGCCAGCAUGGCUGACACCAUAGGGCAGCUGAAGAAGCAGCUGCAGGCCCAGGAGGACAUUGACGCCACCCACCAGCGCUGGUUCUUUUCUGGCAAGCUGCUCACAGACAAGACACGGCUGCAGGACACCAAGAUCCAGAAGGACUUUGUCAUUCAGGUCAUCGUCAACCCGCAGGCCCUCCAGGCCCCCAAGCCGUCACCCACGUCGUCUGAAUGACUGAGAACAGAGAGGAUGCAGUGAGUGGCAGACGCUAACAGACCGUAGGUGCCUCCGAAUGCUGGAUUGAGAUAAAAGUGAACUGCGGAGGUACGUACAAAACUACAUGAGGGAGAAACUCUUUAAGUGCUGCUUUCUUUUAUCUAUCACGUGUCAUUGUAUUCUUUUUUGUUGGGGGGGGGGUAUGUUUUGUUGUUCUUCAAGCGAAUCCAGUCACUACAAUAACUGUGGAGAUUCUCUUCUUGUCACUUUGAACCCUUUCACAUUAAAGCUGAACUUGUGCUAAUGA